UGGUGAUAAAGAUAAAAGUAGAAAUAAUAGCUGUGACAUUUUGUCAUGACACGUAUGAAUAAAAUAUUCAAUUUUCCGAGAACAUGUGGCAAUUGCAGAUUACUUGGGCAUUUCGAAACAAUACCUUAGAACAAGCAGUCCAAAUUAUGAAAGUCAAAAGUCUACUUGUCUUCACGAUAGUGGUGUUUUUUACAGCAUGUGCAAAUUCAGAGAUACUCAUUCGUGGGAGUGAACGCGUUGCCUUGGGAUCCCCAGCCCGUCUCCAGUGUAUCGCACGAGAUAAUAACGUCAGGAUGAGAAAGAUGAGUUGGUUUCACAACGGUCGCCUCGUUACAAAGUCCAGCAGAAACACAAUUACGGAACUCUUCAAUGACAACAAAGAUGGCUACGGUUUGAGUGAACUCCGGAUACCGGAAGUACGUCUAAGUGACGCUGGGAGAUACACAUGUAAAGCCAACAAGAAUCAUGAAGCUAGCUUUUAUUUAACUGUCUACUGAGGGUUCUACAGGACUCACAAAGCUCAAUGUCUACUGAUAAUAAAGAAAAAUGAAAGAAUAAAGUAAAAUCUUUCCGAUCAAUAUCUUUAC